AUGCAUCCUUCCUUGUAUGAUGAUGGUCACCAAGGCCUAACCUACAAUCUUAGAAAGAGGUUGAAACGUGACAAGAGGCAUUUAGUUGGAAAAUCUUCAACUAAUGGAGUCUCUUCAGGAACACAGAGAGGUUUGGAGAGAAUCCAAAGUCCUCAUACUGAAGUUAGUGCUGUGAAAAAGUCACUUGAUUCAUGUACUGCACGCUCAAGUCUUGAUAGAAGUGCCAAAGUGCCUAUCCCUUUGGGGCCAGCCCACCAAGCUGAAGUGCCACAAUGGACUGGCAUGACUUAUGAGAGUGAUUCUAAGUGGUUGGGGACACAAAUAUGGCCAACAGAAAAUGUAAAUUCCAAACGUUUUUUUGAAAGGCAACGGCAACCCAUUGGAAAGGGAAGAGGAGAUUCAUGUGGCUGCCAAGUACAAGGUUCUGUUGAGUGUGUGCGGUUCCACAUUGUUCAUAAAAGGACUAAACUGAAGUUGGAAUUGGGUGAGGCUUUUUACAAGUGGAAUUUACAUAAGGUAGGUGAAGAAGUUAGGCGUUUGUGGACACGGGAAGAAGAGAAGAAGUUCAAAGAUGUGGUGAAAUCAAACCCUCCUUCACUUGAAAGAUGUUUCUGGGAUCAUAUUUUUAAAGCAUUUCCCAUGAAGAGCAGGGAAGAUUUAGUUAGCUACUACUUCAAUGUCUUUAUUUUGCAGCGCAGAGGAUACCAGAAUAGGCAUACUCUAAAUGACAUUGACAGUGAUGAUGAUGGAUCGGAAUUUGGACCAUCGAGGAAGGUUUUUGGACAUAAAUCACGUAGCUCCACCUUAUUGCCCCCCAAAAGCCAGAGACAGAGGGAAGAUAGAAAGUGA